CCUGUUCCCCUUUUAUCAACACACAGAGCCAGAAGAUCCCUCCGUCCUGAGCACCUGCCAUGAGCAUCAGGCUUCUGUGCUGUGCGGCCUUUUCUCUCCUGUGGGCAGGCCCAGGGAAUGCUGGUGUCACUCAGACCCCAAAAUUCCAAAUCCUGAAGACAGGACAGAGCAUGACACUGCAGUGUGCCCAGGAUAUGAACCAUAACUACAUGUCCUGGUAUCGACAAGACCCAGGCGUGGGGCUGAGGCUGAUUCAUUACUCAGUUGGUGCUGGUGUCACUGACAAAGGAGAAGUCUCCAAUGGCUACAAUGUCUCUAGAUUAAACACAGAGGAUUUCCCACUCAGUCUGGAGUCGGCUGCUUCCUCCCAGACAUCUGUGUACUUCUGUGCCAGCAGUUACUCCACAGCACUACAAGGCUGCCUCCUCUCUGCACAUAAAGCCAGGGAGGCUCUGCCCUCCUCCCCGCUCCCCAAGACUCAGGGAUGCCCUGGGCAGAAGAGCAUUUCUGACCCUACCAACCUACGUUGUGGGUGUAUUUGGCAGCCCGGAGUGCAGCAGACAGUUCUUGGGCCCGUACCUUUGCGAGUUAGCCUGGAGAUGCCUGUACACAUGACAGACUCUUGGUGUUGUUCACUCUCAGUCCGGUCCUCUCUGGAAUGUCACAGACGACCAUCGAACAAACAGAUUCCCAGGACAGUGUUGGUGCAUCCUACAGGACAUGCCCAGCAGACAGAAGAGCAGCUGUGGGAUGAGAAGAUGAACUCAGAGAUGCAGUGUGAGGCCUCUGGGUCCAGACAGCUCUGGAGGCCAAAGCGAUGA